AUGGGGCAAUCACAGCAAACAGAGAACAGUGAGGAGAUUGAUGUCAAAGCACUUCAGGACAUGUACAAAAAGUUUGUCGUGGAGUGCCCGAGUGGACUACUUUUUCUGCAUGAAUUCAAGCGUUUCUUUGGUGUGGAUCCAACAGGAGAAGCGUCGGAUUAUGCGGAGAACAUGUUCCGAGCUUUUGACAGAAAUGGGGAUAAUACAAUUGAUUUCCUUGAGUUUGUGGCAGCAUUGAAUCUCGUUUUCCGGGGAGACCUGGAGCAUAAACUGCGCUGGUCAUUCAAGGUUUAUGACAAAGACAACAACGGCUAUGUGGACAGGAGCGAACUACGGUCAAUAAUUGAUAGCAUCUAUCGGAUAAAGAAAGGCACAAAGACAGACAUGAAUGAGUCACAGCUUUCAGUAGAUGAGGUCGUGGAUCGAAUAUUGGAGGCCGUCGAUAGUGAUGGAGAUGGUCAUAUUAACAUGGAGGAGUUCAUCAGGGGUGCACAGCAGGACGCAUGGGUGCUUAACAUGCUGAAGUUGGACAUGAACCCCGCUGGGUGGAUGCUGGAGCAGAGGAGAAGGAGUGCGCACUUCUGAAACAGGCCUUUCCCAUGUGGACAAAAGGAGAAUUUAUCCAGUGUCAUAUUCACAGAUUGAAGUUGUUUGGUUCUGGCCAUCAUUUGGCUUUAAGUAAAGGAGCAAUUGCAAUUAAAAUCUCAAAAUGGACAAUAUGAGCACACAACAUAAAUGUAUAAUACUUUGUAUAUAUUAUUUUUUCUUUUUAAUAGUUCAAACUAUAAUAUUGGUUACACACGAUCUGUGAUUUACCUAACUUAUUAACUAACUUACUAUCUAAUUCUA